AUGCUGUUGCUGGCUCGGGGGCCCAAGGCCAAGGCUUGGCUUUGGCUUUGUCAGCUUAGGCCACCAGUACCCUCUAUGACCCCUGGAAAUGAAGCCCUGCACAUGAGGCCCCGGCACUUCUCGUGGCAGGGCCCACCUCAAGGCCCUAGGCUUCGAACCAGGCUGCUCAUCACUGCCCUAUUUGGAGCUGGGCUGGGUGGGGCCUGGCUGGCUGCCAGGGCUGAGAAGGAACAGCGGCGGCAGCAACAGCGGACGGAAGCCCUGCGCCAGGCUGCUGUGGGUCAGGGCGACUUCAGCCUAUUGGACCACCAAGGCCAGGCUCGCUGCAAGGCCGACUUCCGGGGCCAGUGGGUACUGAUGUACUUUGGCUUCACACACUGCCCAGACAUCUGCCCAGACGAGCUGGAGAAGCUGGUACAGGUGGUACAACAGCUGGAAGCCAAGCCUGGACUGCCCCCUGUGCAGCCCAUCUUCAUUACUGUGGACCCUGAGCGGGAUGAUGUGGCAGCUAUGGCCCGAUAUGUGCGAGACUUCCACCCAAGACUGCUGGGUCUAACGGGCUCUGUUGAGCAGGUGGCCCAGGCUAGCCGCAGCUACCGUGUGUACUACAGUGCUGGCCCCAAGGAUGAGGACCAGGACUACAUUGUCGACCACUCCAUUGCUAUCUACUUGCUAAACCCUGAUGGCCUCUUCACGGACUACUAUGGUAGGGGCAGGUCCGCGGAGCAGAUUGCAGACAGUGUGCAGCGGCACAUGGCUGGCUUUCGCAGUGUCCUCUGAACCACUGCAGCCUGGGGCCAUCAUUAAACCACACUUCUCAGUUG